CGCAUGAGCAUGUGUCGAAGACAAAGUAAUGGUCCCGAACGUUAUGUAAAUGACCAACGACCAACUUGAAUGUUAACAAGUUCAACUGCAACCAUUAGUCAAUGAGAUCCAGAGGGUUUCCAUCCUCUCUUCCGUUUCUCAAUCUCUCACCAUGGUCUUUACGGAACAAGAACAUCGUACUCCCGCAUCCCAAACACUACUAUGCCACCGAAAGUCCAAAACACGAUGAUGGCAAACCGACACGGAUUCGCAGUCUCGCACUUGGUUUUUCAUCAUGGAUACAUUCGCAUAGAGAUACCGCAUCACCUCAGCCCGCCCAAAGUUCAAAAGGCAAGACGAAUCGUUGGGUUUACUAUACCGCACUUGGGUUAUGGAGAGAUGCUUCGCAGGACCAAAUCAAAAAAAGGUACUACGAGCUGAGCAGGCAACAUCAUCCUGAUGUCUCUCAAGAUCCAAGUUCCCCCGAAAUUUUCAGAAAGGUUACCGAGGCUUAUGCUGUGCUUGGAAAGAAAAAGACUCGGUGCGCUUGUGUAUUUUUCACUCGGCCAACUAUUCUGAACAUCAUUGUAGACGGAAAUACGAUCAAUACGAGCAGCUGCAUUCUGCUCUUAUAAUGGGACUGCGACAUCAGCGGGCGGGGGAACUUGCCUCGUCUGAACUCCGGCCGGUUGAUCCCACUUUCUGGGACCCAGUCAAGUCAGGCUCAUCGAUGUUUUAUCGCCCGCCUGCUGGAUACUGGUCGGCGAUGAACAAGCUCACGCGAGAUA